CUAACUAGUUUAAAACAAGCACACUGAUUAAGAAUUUAGCAGCAUGGAUAUGAACAGUGAGCGUAACCGGUCACGUUGGUUGUUGGAUACUGCCCUCAACCGAAUCCCAUGAUUUCAAACAUUUGACCUUUCUCCUUCUUCGCCGGAACCACCCAAAUGGGCUGCACUUCCACGCCCUCCUCCCUCUUCACUUCUUUUCCACUCCGCCACCGUCCUCCUCCCUCGCCGCCACAUUUCCCCGCCGCCGCCCGCUUCCGCUCCAUCCACCAAACCCCUUCUCACACCCUUCGCUUCUCCCUCCUCCCUACAUUCUCCGGCGGAGGCGGCGGCGAUAACAACAACGGUGGUGGUAGUUGGGGUAACCCCUUUGACUCCUCAGACUCUGAUUCCAAUCCCAAUUCAAAUUCCAAUCACACCCUUUUCCUCUCCCUCCUAUGCUCUUCCGCCAUCUGUUUCUCCUGCCACCUCCUUCUCGUCAAAGUCUCAAAGGCCAAAACUUUAUCCGAAUCCGUUUGGGAAGUCAAAGGGGGCAAGUGGACCAAGCUUGUCCCUGAUCACACCAACGAUGCCUUUGUCUCCUCACAACAUGGGUUGUUCUCCGAGGUUUCAUCUCUCAAACCUUCGCAGUUUUUAAGCUUCGUGUGGUUCAAGUGCUUGGACAUCUUGAAGCGGUUGAUGCUUCCAGAAGGUUUUCCCCAGAGCGUGACUAGUGAUUACUUGGAGUAUUCUCUGUGGAGAGGGGUUCAGGGUGUGGCUUGUCAAGUUAGUGGGGUGUUGGCGACGCAGUCUUUGCUCUAUGCUGUUGGAUUGGGAAAAGGGGCUAUUCCCACUGCGGCUGCAAUCAAUUGGGUGCUUAAAGAUGGAAUUGGGUACAUGAGUAAGAUCAUGUUGUCCAACUUUGGUCGCCAUUUUGAUGUUCACCCCAAAGGGUGGAGAUUGUUUGCUGAUCUUCUUGAGAAUGCUGCUUUUGGUUUGGAGAUGUGUACUCCUGCUUUCCCUCAGUUUUUUGUGCUCAUUGGUGCUGUGGCUGGGGCCUCUCGCUCUGCUGCUUCUUUGAUUCAGGCUUCUACCAGGAGCUGUUUCUUUGCUGGUUUUGCUGCUCAAAGGAAUUUUGCUGAGGUGAUUGCUAAAGGGGAAGUGCAAGGAAUGGCAAGUAGGUUUAUUGGUAUCGGGCUUGGUAUAGGAUUGGGUAACUGCAUAGGCUCCUCCACACCCCUUGUUCUUGCUUCAUUUAGUGUCAUGACUUGGAUCCACAUGUACUGCAAUCUGAAGUCAUAUCAGUCCAUUCAAUUACGGACUUUAAAUCCUUAUCGUGCAAGCUUGGUGUUUAGUGAAUAUCUACUAAGUGGCCAGGCACCUCCGGUUAAAGAGGUCAAUGAUGAGGAGCCACUAUUUCCAGCUGUACCCAUAUUAAAUGCAACUUUUGCAAACAAAGCACAAUCAAUUGUUUUAUCAUCUGAAGCAAAAGAUGCAGCUGCAGAAAUUGAACGUCGUCUGCAGCUUGGAUCCAAGCUCAGUGAAAUUGUCACCAGCAAGGAAGAGGUGAUUGCUCUCUUUGGGCUUUAUAAAAAUGAAGGCUACAUCUUGUCAGAGCACAUGGGAAAAUUCUGUGUUGUGCUCAAAGAAAACUGUUCACAGCAAGAUAUGCUCAAGGCAUUGUUUCAGGUAAAUUACCUUUAUUGGUUAGAAAAGAACGCAGGAAUUGGAGGAAAAGGAACCCUUUACGAUUCCAAACCUGGUGGGAGGCUGCAUAUAUCUCUGGAUUAUGUGGAAAGGGAAUUCAACCAUGUCAAAAACGAUGGAGAAUUGGUAGGCUGGGUCACAGAUGGGCUCAUUGCAAGGCCUUUGCCCAAUAGAAUUCGUCAAGGCAACACAGCGUCCUCGAACUGAGUGAGCAGCUGAUGUGGCAAAAGAUUGAUAGUUUUCAUUCAUGACCACUUGCAUUGCUGCAUGAGGAAGCUAGUUGGACUCAAGAUGUCUUGGAGAUCAAGGCACUGAUUGGUUCUUUGCCAUUGGUUGUUGACUUGAGCAUUCCACACUGCAAAGCAUGCAACAAGUAAAUGGCGCCAAGAUAACCAACCACAAAUAGUCGAAGCCAUUUGGUGACAUGGUGUGGCAAAAGCCCCAUUUUGCCUUCCAUUGUCAUUCUCAAUCAAUGGACUUACCCGGAAACAGUCAAGUAACUGGGAAACACAGAAAACUUCCACUCGGGAGAUUGCACCCCACGGAUAAACUGAGAUGUGCAUCUUUUGCUUGUUUCACAACCAAACUUGUAUCGAAUACAUCAUGCAGUUGGCAAAAAUCUCGUACAAAAUACAAAUAUAUUUUCUUCCAUAAA